AUGGCUGUUGAAAAGCUUCAAAAAAGAAGAGCUGUUGCCAUCAUCUUUGGAGUCACUGGUCUUGUUGGAAAACAGCUUCUUGAGAAGCUUCUUUCUUCAAGAUCCAAAUGGAAGGUUUAUGGUGUUGCCAGAAGACCAGAAAUGGUGACCAUGAUCAAGAAACCAAUUCACACCAACCCUAAUUACCAUUUCAUUUCAUGCAAUCUUCUUGACCCUUUUGACACCCAAAUGAAGCUUUCUGGUUUGCAUGAUGUGACCCAUGUGUUUUGGGUCACCUGGGCUAGCCACUUUCAACUUGAUACCAUUGAAUGCUAUGACCAAAAUAAAGCCAUGAUGUCCAAUGCAUUGGACUCGAUCCUUCCAGUGGCUAAGGGUUUGAGCCACUUUUCUCUUCAAACUGGGACCAAACACUAUGUAUCUUUACAUGGGGGUACUGCUUCUUUUGAUCAUCUUGUGAAAAAGGUUUGCUAUUAUGAUGAGAAUUGUCCAAGGGUUGAAACACAAGUUGGGUCUAACUUCUAUUAUGCUCUUGAAGACUUGCUUAAGGAGCGGUUGGGAGGUGUGGUUCCAUGGUCGGUUCACCGGCCCGGUUUGAUCAUGGGGAGUUCUCGAAAGACGAUGUAUAACUUCAUGGGAAGUUUGUGUGUAUACGGGUCGAUUUGUAAGUAUUUGAAUCUUCCGUUUGUUUUCGGGGGAAGAAAAGAGUGUUGGGAAGAGCAGUUCGUUGACGCCUCUGAUGCCAGGCUUGUGGCCGACCAACAGAUUUGGGCAGCCACAAACAAUUUGGUUCAAUCGAAAAAUGGGCAAGCGUUUAAUUCUAUAAACGGAGAUAGUUCGACUUGGAAGGAUAUAUGGGGAGCGAUCGGAGAAAAGUUUGGGGCGGUUGUGCCUUGGGAAAUGUUGUCAAAGGAUUUCACGUUUUCAGGGUUUAUGAGCGAUAAAGCAGGUGUUUGGAAAGAGAUAGUGAGGAAGGAGGGUUUGGUCGAUACAGAAAUGGAUGAUCUGGCUAACUGGUAUUUUUUGGAUGCUUUGUUUCGAUGCCCAGUGAAGAUGCUAGGGACGAGGGCGAAAGCAGAUCGGCUCGGGUUCACAACAAGAUACACUGCCCUCGAUUCAAUAUUGCACUGGAUCGACGUUAUGAGGAAGGAAAAACUAAUUCCAUGAAAUGUUAAAAGUCUUCUAAAUGAUAUUAAGUGUGGUAUAACAUAAUUUAAGGUUUUGAGGUGUUCUAUGCAUUUUCCUAUAAAUGCAGGGUUUGAAAAUAGUUAAUCCGUAAUUGUGGGGGUGUAA